UUCUCUUUCUUUGGGUCAACAAAAGGAUCUGGGAUGAAUGAUGAUUGAAAAAACGACACCGCCUAGGAGGAACAUCACUAUAUUUUAUUGCUUGUGGCAAAUGAACUUUGGGGCCCCGGCGUGCUUCUCUAAGCAAUGAAAUCUUGUUUUUAAGGACCCAAAAUUAUUUUCAUAAAAAAAAAGAGGAGUCGUUUUAAUAUCGUUCAAACAACUGAAUCUCUGGGAACCAUUCAAAAAAUUCGUGGCCAUAAGCGUUGCUCUAUAUCAAAGAUUCUUUUUUUUUUUUUUUUGUCAAAUCUUAUUAUAUCAACCCUUCUCUGCAGGACGACUUCAUCUAAACCCUGUAAGGCUAUAUUAGGAUGGUCCGAUGAUGUUAACAGUAAAUCCUCCGGGACCCAUCAAUAAAAGCCAGACAUUUCCGGGAAAUACUACCUUUCAUGGUAAACUGCCUUGUGCUGCAAUUUACCAUAGCCUACCUGCAGGGGUUAGCUGUAAUAAUGUAGUUCAUAUUCAUAAUUCAUUGCCCUCAUGGAAAGAUUCCAGGAAGCUUACUACCCAACUUGUAUCACAUCGAGUCGCUCCAAAAAGAUGGCUGUGCAAAUCACAUGGUUCUGUUUCAUCCGAUGACGAGUAUCGUUCAUCAAGGAAUAUAGCAAUCAGCCUGUUUAGGCGAUACAGGAAUGUCAUAGACCGUGGAGGAGGUGACAACCUAAAAGAGUUCAUUAGUGCUGGGGUGAAUGCAUAUGCAUUGGGUUGCACGGAUGAAGGAUUACGGAAAGAACUUAUUGCUGUCAAGGAAUCUGGCAUCGAAAUUGAAGCAAUGCAAAGUUAUGGCGGAAGCACCAGCUUGAAAUCCAAGAUUUGUGCAGAGGAGGUUGAUGAGUGUAUUUUAUGGCUGAGCAUUAUAUUCAUCACCAUUUUGUGUACUCCACAGCCAACUAUAGUUAGAUGGUCUUCUACACCUUCAGUGUCAGACGAUGUCCUGCAUCAAUGGAAAGGCUUCUGUGCUCUCAUAGCAAAUGCAUAUUAUAUAAGAGGAAUGGCAUGGUUUGCUAAAUUCUUGUUUUGCCAAAGGCUUCCAGUAAAAACCCUCCAGCUAGAGCAAAUGGCUGUGGUUGGACGUGCUGAGGAACCAUCAGUUGUUGCUAGCCGAAUGCGAUUAGUUUUUAGCACACUUGAGGUGAGUGAAUUGUUAGCCAAGGACUUAAAGCUCCCGAUGGGCUUAAAAAGUUUAGGGUGUGAAUUUAUUGAAUCAAUAUAUGUUGCAGAGUAAGUUUUGUCGAUGAUAAUGGACUCUUAAGUUAACAAAUUGGUUAGAUUGUGAUCCAUUAGUAUAAGAAACAGGUGCAUUAAUAGGAUAAUAAUAUCUUUCUGGUUCAAAAUCAUGGAGGUGUUAUCCUUUUACAUGUAUUGUUGAAUGGUUUCAAUGGCUUGUGCAGGUAGUUAGCCCACAGUGGCCAAGAGUGUAAUAAGUGCUUGAACAUUUACGAGAUCCGAUUUUCGCAGGAUCUUAUGUUGGAGCGUUGGUUCUUUUGUAAAUUAAUGUUGGAAUAUAUACAACAUUCUGUGCAAAAAUUGUCUGUAUAGUCUAGCGUUUGUUAUCUUCUUGUAUAUUCGAACUUGGAAACUUAAUAGUCGUCUACUUCUCAUUCAGAUUGCUGUGACCGACUCUAAUCUCAUUGUUGAUGCUUCCUUCUUUCA